AUGGAGCAGCAACAACAGCAGCAGCAGCAGCAGCUUCCGGGAACCCUGAGCUGGCGAUUGAGUUCGCAUCCCAUCACCCUCUUGACCUUUUUGGCCUUUAGGAUAUCAAGCGUCUUUGUGUACUUUUUCGGUCUUUGGUUCAGCUCAAGCAUGGUCAUGAUCUUCAUCAUCACCAUUCUGCUUCUCGCAGCCGACUUUUACUAUCUCAAGAACAUUGCUGGUCGCCGACUCGUCGGUCUGCGGUGGUGGAACGAAGUCGACCCCCAGUCGGGCGAGUCCAAAUGGGUCUUUGAGUCAAGUGAUCCCGGCACCAAGGCCGUCAACGCCACGGACAACCGGUUCUUCUGGCUGUCACUGUAUGUCCAGCCUCUGCUUUGGAUCCUGCUGGCCGUCCUGGCCAUUGUUCGGCUAGAGUUUCUGUGGCUGCCUCUUGUCGUUAUUGCUCUCGUCUUGACGAUUAUGAACACCCUUGCCUUCUCGCGGUGCGACAAGUUCAGCCAGGCGUCUAACCUGGCCGGCAGCGCGUUGGGCAGCACCAACUUGGCAGGAAGCAUCGCCACCAAUCUGGCCGGACGGUGGUUCUCGAGGGGAUAG